AUGUGUGUUGACGCCAAUAUUCUUACUCUUGAAGAGAGAAGAAUCUGUUUAUCAGCACUCCUAUUAAUAGGACUUUUAAAGGGUGACAUAUACUGUCCCAGAUUUCUGAAUCAGAUUCCAAUUUCUUGUCCACGAAUUCUUACUAGAUCGGCUCUACCUUUCUAUCCACCUUUUGCAAAGAAUAACAUAUUUCUGGCAUCUCCGCUCUGUAGAAUCUUGAACAUUUGUAAUUACAUUGCUGAUAACAGCACAGAUCUAGACUUCUUUGGCUACAAUCACCAUACUAGUCGUAGCGCCAACGUACUUGCUACUCUGCUAGUAUCACUAAGAUAA